CCGGGACUGCGUCAAGCACUGGCAUGUCUUGGUUUUUCGGCAAAAAGCAAAGCAAAGAAGCAAAAGAGCGGACAACACAUAAACUGUGGGUGGUUAGAGAAUCUCCUGAUACGAAUGUCGACCUUGUUGGUUGCGAACUGUAUGACCUUCCGACGGGAUUGUUCUCGACGUGUAAAGUGCUGAGAAAAGAGGUUCUUCUGUUUCAUACCAACAAUUUGGUGACUCUAAAAGGAGGAGGGAACGUUGAGGAUCUGUUGUUGGUCAAGGUACUGGAUCUUCACAACAAUAAACUUACAUCAUUGCCAGCAAAUAUUGGUGCGAUGUCGUGUCUUCAAAAUCUGAAUCUGGAAGGCAAUAAUUUGAAAGAACUGCCUCACUCGCUUGGCACGUUGGACUCACUGGAAAGAUUAAAUGUGAAAUCAAACAGACUCGUGACGUUGCCAAGUGAGAUCGGAGAUCUUACAAAAUUGAACACUUUGGAUAUGAGAGACAACCCGCGUCUCACUGCAGUACCAAAGGAAAUGUGCAAAGUUCGUACACUAGAGACUCUUUUACUUGAUGAGCAAAUGAUGUCAUUUCCUUCUAAAGAAAUUGCCCGUAGUGGUUUAGAAGCUAUUAUGAAGUUUCUGUGUUCAGUAAUGGAGAUUCCUUACAUUCCAUCAAGUCAUUGGACACCAGCACCAAUUGACAAAAAGGAGACAACAGUGGUUGAACAAAUGCAGCAAGAUGAACAACAAUUUCUUGCAUCUCUACAGAAAAUGGAGGAAAUGAAGGAAAAGAAGAAGAAGGAACUGAUGGCAGUAGAAAGCCAAGUUGUAGCUGACAAAGAAAUGGAGAAUCGAUUAGUUGCUAUGGCGAUUAAGAAACAACAGGACUCCGUCGCUCAUGUACAAAGGGAACGACAGAAGAGUGAAGAGGAGCAGGCUGUUUUACAAGCAAAAACACAAGCCGCUAGAGAUCAGCUAUUAGACGUUGUAAAAGAAAGUGAGAGAUCGACAAUUGGUGUGAUUACAAAGCUGCUGGAUCAUGAAGGGAAGGCUGCAAUGGCCGUGUUAUCUGCAAUUGAAAGUCAAAUGCAAGAGACCGAGACAUUUGUCAGAAGGAAACAAGAAGAUCUUGACAGACAGAAACGAAAAGAAGUUUUGCAGGCAAUGGAGGACAUGCUGAAACAGUCGGACAAGGAUAAGUUUCUAUCAGAUGCUUAUGAAGCAAGCAGACAGUUUGCACUGCGUCAGACACAAGCAGCGGAAGCUGCAGACAAAGCGCACAUCGAAACAGUACUCGAACAACAGCAGAAAACGAUGAAAGAUUUAAUAAAGGAAAUUGCUAUUGAGGAAUAUGCCCAGAUGCAGGCAUUUCAGGGUCUACAGCUAGAAAAGGAUAUUGUCUAUAAGAACAUCAUGAAUCAAAUUGCUGUGGUGCAAGCAGAGUUGACUAGACUCAGUCUCAUUGAGCAGAAACGAAAGGCGGCCAAUGAAGAACUACAGCAGGUUAUUCUGAAAGACGAGAGAUGGAAGUUGGCUGAACUAAUGGCCACAUUGUUACGCGAUCAGGAAGACAGAGAAAAAGAGUUACAAAAGAGACUGGUUGAGCUGGAGAAUCAGAGACGAGAAGACGAAAAGGACUAUUGGAUUUUUCAGUAUCAGAGAUUGAUGCAGUCUAAACCACAGUUACUAAUAGAUGAGGAGUAUGAGUGCGAUCCGGUUGUACAAGAUAUCCUCAAGACAGCCGGUGCUCUACAACAUCUUCCCUUUUUUGCAAGACACAAAGUCACAGCAUCCAACCUGACAUCAAUGACUGAUGAGGAUCUUAGACACAUCGGCGUUUACCAAGUUGGCUUGCGGCAUAGUAUACUCGCAUGCGUCCAGAACUACGUCAGUGAAGAAGAGCGAGCAGCAGCUAAAGCAAAGGCAAUCGAAGCUGGUGAAAUAGAAGAAGGCUAUACACCACCUGAAAUGCCAAAAGGAGGAGUAGUUGGUGGUCCUUCUGCACCUGUUCUUGAUGAAAAUGGUUGGGAGAUGGUUGAGGCUCCAACUGCUCCCACGUUUGAUGAGUUAUCCAACGCACCUUCUGCUCCUCUUGAACCUUCAGGAGCUGUGGCACAACUAGCGACAGCUGAAGCCGAGUGUGUGGUCUGUCUGAGUGAGAGACCCAACAUGAUCUUGCUCAACUGUGGUCAUGUCUGUUCGUGCGAGGGCUGCUCGGUGCAUCUCAAUCAGUGUCCAAUGUGUCGUCAGCCUGUCGCGAGGAGAAUCAAACUUUUUAUGCUCUAAAGUUGUAAGCAAAUAUUUUGCCAUUUGGUGCGUUUAUACACACAGUUUCGUCCACUAAAGUAUAGCUUACCUACGUACUGCAGGAGAUGAGUUUGUAUAUGUGGAUUAUAAUGCUGCAGUCGUGAUAGUAAAUGCUUUCUUGUAUUCAUUAAUUGAUAUUUGUUAUUUCACUGCAUUAAACGGAUCUGGA